AUGACUACUGAUAAUUUAUUUGCUACUGUCGAAGUUCGAUGUUUUGUGGACAAUCCCAAUGUCAUUUCUGGUGUUUUAAAUACGAAAAAAGCUCGUUUUGAUAUUGAAACAAAAAGUAAUGGGAAAACAAUCAAACGAACGCCAUUGAAUUUAGUACUUAUUCUUGAUUGUAGUGGAUCGAUGGAAGCUGACAACAAAUUAAUAUUUGCAAAACAAGCUGUCAUUUCCGUUCUUAAGCUUCUUCACGAUGAUGAUAUCGUUCAUCUUGUUGCAUAUGAAUCGGAUGCAUCUAUCAUUUUUGAAAACGCACGAGCAUCUACUCGACAACACCUUUACCAUCUCAUAGAAAAAAUUGAUACGGCUGGUUCGACGAAUAUGUCCGGUGCUAUUGAAGUUGCCGCUAAUCUUCUGAAUAGAUAUGUAUAUGAUGGAUAUUCACGUCGUAUGUUUCUUUUUUCUGAUGGGCAAGCUAAUGUUGGAAUGAAAACUAGAGCUGAAUUAACAAAACUUGUUGCUGAAUACAAUAAUAAAGGUAUUAUAACUGAUUCAUUUGGUAUUGGUGCUGAUUUCGAUAGUGAAAUUAUGAAAGGUAUUGCUGAUGCUGGUGGAUCGAGAUUUUACUUUCUUGAAUCAGCUCAAGUCAUUGAAUCAUUAGUUACGAAAGCUCUUGUAUGUGUAUUUGGUGUAUGUGGAUCGCAAGCUCGUCUUAUUUUACGUGGUAAAAAUGGAGCAACGUUGACGAAAAUAUGGGGCCAUGAAAAUCUUGUUGCUGGUGCAAGUCUUGGUGAUCUACAUUCAGACAAUCUACGAUCGAUUCUUUGCGAAUUUACAACUUCUGGUACUGCAACGAGUGCUGACGGAAGCGAGAUUGAAAUGCUUACAUAUGAAUUACGAUAUAAUCAGCCCAAUGAUCUCAAUGGAGAACCUACCGUGAUCAAAAAUACUUUAUCAUUGAAAUUUGUAGAAGAUGAAUCACUCGUUACAGAGAUUGAUCCACGAGUCAAAACGAUGUUUGCUACGCAAACAGCUGCUGAAAUGGAUAAAAAGAUUGCACAAUUAGUGAAAAAUCAUCAGCGCACAGAAGCAAUGGAUCUUGUCGCUGAACAAAUUGCAUUACUUAAAGAUGUUGAACAAUUCGAUGAUGAACGAGGAACUAUUUCAUUGUUACUUCGGCUGGCUGAAAAUAUGCAAAAUAAACUAAAAGAUGAAACUAUCGAUAGAAAUCUUGUUUGCCGUGGAUACGAACAUAAAGCUUAUUUGAUGGCAGAGUAUGAUUGUGACGAUAUGGCUCUAUAUUGA